CUGGAAUUAGCCUUCUUUCAGCUAACAGCUCACACUGAACACCCAAACACAACAAAUAGCAGCCGAUCAACUAACUACGCUGCCCUCUACUGGAAUGAUAUGGAUUUGUUUCAUAAUAAAAGUCUCUCUUGUAGGAGCCUUUAAUACAGACAGACUGCCUGAUAAUACAGUUUAUUUCAUCCAGGAUUUGAUCACCAGCACAAUGAAUACAGAGUGUGGUGUUGGAGCAUGGACCACAGAGAAGGUUGUCACUCCAGAGGAGAAGAAGAUCUGCCAUGAGGUGAAGUCAGACAUAGAGAAGAUGGUUGGAGCUAAUCUUAAGGCUUACAUUCCUUUAAGCUUUAGGAUUCAGAUUGUGGCUGGAACAAAACAUCUGGUGAAGGUGUACGUUGGAGUGAAUAAGUGCGUUCAUGCGAUGAUAUAUCAAGCUCUCCCCUGCAAUGGAGAGAAAUUGACUGUGACUGGAGUCCAGCACCCUAAAACCGCCAGUGAACCUCUGAUCCCAUUUGGUCACUAACCACAUGCAGAAAACAGUCUGUCUUCUCUAAUAACAGACACACACAAUCAUCUGCCAUACUGUAUAGAGGAACUAUUGAAAACUGUUUCAUUCCUCAAUAUUAAACUCAAUAUUCAAACCCUCA